ACUAAAACAGCUGGUGUGAAGAGGCGGUGAGCUUCACUAACGGCACAGUGAUGCUGCUUCACCGCCACCAUUGCGCUUCUAUAGAGCUCGUGUUCACGUCGCUUGGAAAGUCCUGCGUCCUGUCCAAUAGAAACAAUGCUUGAGCAUCGCACGGCUUAUUUAUAAAGCGCUGUGUGGCAACAGUGUGAGUAAUGUAGAAGCAGGGAGGCGGUUUGAACACAAACGCGGAGCUUUGGUGUAAAUGGGAAAUCUGAUGGGCGCUCUGAGGUACAAGGAGCCGAGCACCGUGGAGGAAUGUGACUCGACCUGGGAGACGGACUCGGAGAGCGACGAGCAUCCGGGAGGAGAGCAGGACAGCGCGGUGACCGAGUCCAUCGCUUUUUCGGAGUCAGGGCACUAUGAAGAGCAGCAAGACGGCUUUCUUCAGUUUAAUGACACAGCUGAGUCAUCCACUAAGAUGAAAAGAAGCUUUUAUGCUGCCAAGGACCUGUACAAGUACCGCCAUAGUUAUCCGAAUUACAAGGAGCCUCGGCUGAAAAAUGAGUACCGCAAUCUGAGAUUCUAUCUGAAUAAGAUUCCUUUGGUUCCAGAUGGAAUCUAUGUUGAAGAGAUCCUCACCAAAUGGAAGGGUGACUAUGACAAGCUUGAGCACAAUCACACAUAUAUACAAUGGCUUUUCCCUCUCAGGGAACAAGGCCUCAAUUUCUAUGCCCAUGAACUCACUCAGGAUGAGAUUAAGGAAUUUCAGAACACCCCAGAAGCCAAGCAGCGCUUCGUGCUGGCAUACGCUAUCAUGUUGGACUUCUUUGGGAUCAAGCUUCUAGAUAAGAAUGGAAACGUAGCCCGUGCGCCAAACUGGAACGAUCGUUUCCAGCACCUAAAUGAGUCUCAACACAACUAUCUGAGAAUCACACGCAUCCUGAAGAGCCUGGGUGAGCUAGGCUUCGAGAGCUACAAGCUGCCUUUGGUGCACCUGCUCCUAGAGGAGGCUUUGGUGCAGGGCACGCUAGCUAACAUGCGCCACAGUGCGCUCGAGUACUUUGUCUACACGCUGCGAAAUCACAGCCAGAGACGUGCACUGCUGCGCUUCGCCCAGUGCCACUACCAACCUCCUGAGAACUUCAUCUGGGGGCCUCCAAAGAGGAAAGGCUCUCCUGGGACAAGAGCGAGCAGAAUGGAGUCUCCACUAGACAGGAGUGUGAGAAUACCUAGAGCUUUAAAGCAGGGGAGUCCAAACAGGCCAGAUGAAGAGAUAGAUGGGAUGGAUGGGAGGGAAGUAGCAGAGUGGAAAGCAACAAAGCUAUCUAGGAGCCAUCAGCAGAGUAGGAGAGAUACAGAGGAAUACAUUGAAACUGUACCUCUUUGAGAAUUUUUAAAUUGGGGAUUGAGAAAAUGAGCCUGAUAUUAGGACUGACUGUGUUGGGGAUUAGUAAGGGGUGUGGCUCAAAGCAAUAUUAUACCCUGUCUUGGCCUUCAAUGAAUAGCAAUGAGAGAUUUGUUACUCUUUGGGUUUUUUGUAAAUUCGUAACUAAAUGCUGAUUUUCAUUUUGUUUACUUUGAGGCUAACAAUAUCAGCUAAUGAUUUUCUACUGCAUUACUAACCCUGCCUCAGUCUAUUAUAGUCUAUUUUUAAACAAUCUUUAGCACACAGAAGUGAAGAUGUGAAUUAUUUGCAACUUGAUUGUGUGUGUUGCACUUUUGCCUAUCCAGUCUUCCUCUGUGACAUAUUUGUGGAGUUUAGAUGGACUCCAGACUUUAACUGAGCCUUAGUCUUAGAAUGAAUUAGCACAAUGUUAUAUAAUAUUAAACAAAAUUUUUAUAUCAUCAAAAAAGGGUUUAAUGCAUUUUCCUUGAGUCAUGCUUUGCCAUGUUAUAAUUGAAUACUGAUUUUUUUUUUAGUUUUUUAAAUACAGUCUAAAGUCAAUCAGUGAACAAUUAUAAUUGCCUUAGGAAAAUAGGAAAAAGUACAUGCAGCAGCACUAAUAAAAAAGAGAAAUAGCACUAUGCAGAAGUAUGUGAGGAAAGCAUUGAGAAAAGAGACAUUUAGCACAGGUUAUAAAGAUGCACUGACUACAUUUUGUAUGCCUACAGUGCCAUGACCCCACACACAGAUAUACAAACCCACACAUACACAGAUUCUUAAAACACAGUUUCUGAACUUGAAAAGCAUGACACAGAAAUAUGGAAAUUAUGAAUUUCAUUACAAACACUUAACCACAAAAUGAUGACUAAUUGUGAUUAUUCAUUUGACAGCCCUAGUAGGUGACACAUCACUUCAAUAAGUAGCAUUAUUUAAAUAUCACUAUUUGCUGGCACUGUUGUGUGUGUGUUUGUUUAAUCCAGAGUUUGUGUAGUGACUUAUAACAAGUGCCUCAAUUUUUAGUCUGUGUGUGGCUGAAUUCCUGUCAGUAAGGACAAUCAGAAAUGAGGUCACUGACCUCUGAGAGAAAAAUAAUUGUGCUUUGAUAUACAGUAUGAUAUGUUGAAUAUAUCAAUUCUCCUAUUUAACUUUGCAUACAAAAUCUGUGCUGUGCUCCAGUGUAUACUCACCAGAUUAUGGGCUAACAUGGAUGUAUGUGCAUGUGUGUAUGUUUAAAUGUCUGCCUGCACUUUCCGCCAUUUUUAUGACAAGCACAUAGAGUAAGGAAGGAUUACAAUUUGUACACGUCUCCCUUUUCUCUCUCAAUUCUCUUCUCUCUUUGUGUUUUAUGCAUGUUUUCUUGUAUAAAUUUCCUACUGCAUCCUCUCACGCAGGUAGCUGGGAGAACAUAGCCAUCUGUUUCCUGGACUCCCUCUGCAGUGACUCAAAUUCAGAAGGACUGUAGCAUGAUCAGUGCAAACAUUUCUCAUUGCAACACUAGGAUUCCUAUUUUUAAUGUUUUCUGUAAUUUACUUAUGUGGAUUCAAUAAUGACUCGUCUCUGUUUUUGUGAGGCACUAUUCAUGUGUUUUCUAAUGUUUUGUACAAGAUAAUGUGAGAUUUUAGAGGGCUCUUCUUGUGACCUUGUAUUAAAGUUGCAGCUAUUUCUGGAAAUUA